CCAGCCGAUCUGCUCAAGAUCAAAAAAACGCUCUCACAGGUGAUUAGAGAGAUGCUCAUCAAUCCUGGCAAUUAUGUAAGCUAUGGAGCCCAAGGAUUCUGAUCCUGUGCGAUUUCAGCUGUUUCAUAAGCCAAGACUCGAGAAACGAAUCGCUUGAGUAAGCCCUUGGCCGUUUUGCCUGCUGAUCAUCAUAUAACACACUCGGCGGUGCACUGAUCUUAUCGAGCCGCCACUCCGGCAGCCGGCUCGUCAAUCCAAUCGGAUAAUCAUCAAGUUGACGUCAUGAUCGACUGCUUCCCUCAUUGCAUUUCACACAACAAUGCCGGCUGCACAAUCAUCCUCCCCCCAGAAAGAUCGAGGUGAAAACACGGCAGAGAGCAUACAGUCAGCCUGGUUUUGAACAUAGUCGUUGAAAUCUUUACAACCGCCGACGACUGGAUGAGCCAGCUGAAUGGUGAUUGCAUAGAACAGCUGGCGAAGGACGACUGACAAAUACGGAGAGCUUGAUGAUGAUUACAGUUCCAGAUGACAUCAUGAUCGAGUGCUCACACCAAGACCGAGUGGCUUCGACGAAAGAUUGCUGGCAGCCUGGAUCCUCAUUGCAACUUUGGAGGGCAGACCACCGGGCUAUAAAUACCUACUGGAUCCCACUGCUUCUUCACCAGCCAACACCCACAACACUCUCACACACCAACAAACAAUCGAAAACUAUCUUAACCUCAACCAAUAAACCCCAACACCCAAAAACCAACAUGAAUACCAAUACCAACCAAAGAUCCGGUGGCCGAGUGUCCGAUGACAUGAGAGAUUCUUCGAUGAACCCAACGAAGGACAUGAUGUCCGGCAUGGAUAGCGGGAUGGAUGAUAACAUGAUGAACAGAGACCGUCAAGGGGAGGAUCAAGGUUUAAUGGGGAAGAUGUCCUCGAUGGUCGGAGGCAACAAGAAUGAUAACAACCAAUCCUCCAAGAUGAUGGGCGGAGUCGCCGGAGGUCGGGACUCAAACCGCGGCCAACAAGAGGCGUCGAUGGGCGACAAAGUUAAGGGCACUUUUGAACAAGCCAAGGGAAAAGUCAUGAAUGACCCCCACACCGCCCGCAAAGGUGACAUGAGAAAGGACCCCGCGGGUGCUGGUUCGAAUGACUUCAUGGGUGGUGCCGGCAUUUGAUCGAGGAGGCCAAUUCUACUUGAUCCCUUCCACUAUUUUUUUUUAAAGAUUUGUUCCGGGUUGAUCGUCUGAUCACACAUGUACUCCAAAGUAAUAAAUACCUCUACCGUCCAAAGAAUUGAUUAUCCCAAGCUUGGUUUUUUAAGACAAUUUUCUACUUUUCUAUGCAACUCCGAUAAAAAAAAACCCCGG